ACUGCGCCCUUAGUUAUAUUGGGUCUCUAUAGUUAUGUUUGGUUAAGUAUAUGGUGACUUAUGGCACGUUUGUGGAACCAAACCUAAAAAAGAUUCUGAUAAUUAAACGCAAUAUUUCUAAGAGAAAUUGUUGCUGUUGUACGAUGAAGUUUAGAUGAAUAUACUAAUUUGUUGUUAAAGAAUCAUAUAGCUAAAAUUUGUUCUUGUCAACAGCAAAUUAACCUAGCAUCUAGUUUCAAAAUUAUUUCAUCCUUUAUUAUUAUCGCAGAGCGAUUUAAAAGGAAACAACUAUGCUGAAAUUUCCGAAAUUACUCGUAAAUCAUGUAAAGAUGUUAGCAGCGCCUUUGCCGAGUCAAGCAGACUGUUUGUUACAACAAACACGGAAUACUUAUAUUCUUAAAAGAAAAUAUGAACUCCCUCUGCACAAGAAGAAUCAGAAGCCACAUCGCUUCAAAUCAAGGCAUUACAUUUAUGAAGUUGUUGAUCACCAGGAUAAAAAAAAGCAGAAAGUACUCGAUUUGAUUCUAACUAAAUUUGUAUCAGGAAUUGGUAAUGUUGGUACUAGGGUAUCGAUACCUGCAAAUGUUGCAUACAAGUCGCUUUUACUGCCAAAAUUAGCAGAUUAUGCUACUCCUGAGAAUGUUGAAAAAUAUAUGAAACUAGUAGAGACUCAAGAGGUCGAGUCACCAUUUAGUUCUGUUACUGUGGAGAACACAAUGAAGUAUCUGACACAGUUACAAGUAGCAGUGGUAAUGUCGAAGGAUGUACCGUGGACAUUGGAAAAAUGGCAUAUAAGAACACAUUUUCGCAAAGUCAGUGUCAGUGUGCCCGAAGAUGCAAUAACAAUGCCUGAAAAACCGAUAUCAGGACCGAACAUGGAUAUAGAAGGAAAAGAAUUUUAUGUUACGCUGACGAUUAACAAUCGCGAGCAAAUUAAGGUGAGAUGUGUCAUACAUCACUGGGCGACUGAAAAGGCGGCGCGAUUAUUUGUCCCCGAGUUUUGGAAGUUACCACCUGAGCCAAUAUUUCCCGAGGACAAACCGAUAUUAGAUUCUCUCCAGUCCGAGGCGAAUAAAUUGAACGAAUCGGAAAACAAAUUGAGUUGAACAAGUGAAGAUGUACAUUUGUCACUUAUUAUCUUAUAAAAUGAAUAAAUAAUAUUUAAAAAAAAG